GAAUUUCCAUGUAGCCCAAAACAGCAGCUGUGUUCAACCAAAUGUAACUGUGUGUAAUCAAUGGAAGCACGUUAGUUAUUAAAGGUAUUUUACUGCAAUAUAUUAUGACAACUGAACUCCGAAGAGUUUAUGAAUUAUCAACAACACUAUACAACGUUCAAGCCGAGGCUAGCAGUUGACCAAUUUCUAUUCUAUUUCUAGAACAAAUUUUGUUAUGGCUAGUGCUAAUGUAGCGUGGAAAUUUGCUGGAGGUGAAUUUUCAAUCAACAUCAGCACUGACAGUGUACUAGUAGCAAAAGACGUGUGUAAAACUGUAACUACACUAGGGGAAGUAGCACGAGACGUGUGCAAAACUGCAGGUGACGUAGCACGAGACGUGUGCAUCACUGCAGUUUCCCUGAGUGCUCUCUACCUUGGUUAUAAAUUAGUAAGACCAUUAAUCGAGACUGCGGUUACAAGAGGUCUUGGUGAUGAACGAGAUGACCAAGAAGUUCGAGGUAUCCGACCAGGAUCUUUGCAUGUUCUAUUACAUUGUUUUACAGACGAGAGAUUUCUGGAAGUCUUAGCAGAUUACGAAUCAGGAAGGAUGAAAGAACGCUUGCAGGAAGAAUUUUCACAGAUUGGAAUUAAAGUAGAAGGAUUGAAGGUGGAGAUUGAAAACAUGGUAGAGGUGAACGAAACGAAGGAAGCCAUAAACAAAAGGUAUGAUAGAUGUUUUAUAAAAAAUAUAACUCGUACUGCGCGCGUUUUGAAUAUCAGAUACAAAACUUCCAACUGAGUUUUAUCCUAUAGCUAAACAUCCUCGUUCCCAGACUGACACUAUGUAAAUUUUUACUGUGGAUAUAAACGAAUGUAUAGUUUAAGCAUGGGAAUGCCAACAUUGUCCAUAAAAAGGGCAAUGUCAUUUUCUAUCUAAAAUGAAUAAUAACUGGAAAAAAUUGGCAUUGGCAUCUUAAUAUUGUUUUAAUUAAUGCAGAUCUCAUAUCAACAAGGAUCUUUGCGAGGACGUGAAAAAUAUUGUAAUAGAUGAUGUGGAGAGUGACCUAGAGAUAAAUAAGCAGGUAAGUAAAUCUCGCUCGUGUAACGGUAUGAGAUUUUCUCGAUAGACAACGAACCGUUUCACCUGUAAUUUGCAGCAUGAGCUCCACCUUUGAAUUUACUACAUGAGUAAAUUCUUAAACACGUCCGAAUUUAUCAUUAUGAUAAAUUCGCGGCACAUUUUGAAUUUAUCAUAAUGGUAAAUUCGCGGCACCUAUAUAACCCCUAACCCUAAUCUAACUUUUUAAACUUUUUUUUUUCUUUUUUAAACUUUUUUAAAACUUUUUAAAAACUUUUUUAAACUUUUUUUUUAAAAAUCCGGAAAAUCUCAGGCGUUCAGUGAACCGGUUAUAACCAGACUAUAUGCCCAUGUAUCUAGUUAACUCAUUAAGUUACAUUGCGCCGUAAUGCGGCCUACUUUAUUACUUUAUUACUUUACGAUUUUAAUCUGAAAGCGUAUACGAGACGAGAGAAAUGGACGGUUUAAAUGGUUUCAUUCGAAGCAGCACAGUUGUCAAAAUAGGUAACGGGUUUUGUCGCAUAAUUGAGAUAAAAUGACUUCCGGAAAUCCCUUCGAGUAAUAUUCAGAAGCAUUAAAUCCAACGAAUUAAAUUCGACGAAAAAUUCGGCGUUUAAAAUAAACCUAAGAUGGAAUAUAGCAAUAGCAGCGAUUGCAAUUGAAAAAGUCUUAAUAUUUACAUACGGUAGCAAAGCUAUUUCAUAUUCCCUUCAAUUCUCAUCAGUUCCAACUAAUUAACUUAAUUAGACAGUAAUUUCUGCGAUUUCCGUUUAUUACUAUAGUCCGUGCAGGGGCAGCGCUAGAUGUCUUCGAAUAGGGGAGGAAAUUAUGCCGCGUCAUUCUUCCUAUCCAAUUCAUGUUUUCCCGACUACGAAAACAAUUUUCCGACUCGGAUGGAAUAAUUUGCCGAUUACCCGACAGCUGCGGAGUGUACCUUUCUCCCCCCCCCCCACACACACUCUUUAGUGCAACCCCUCAGUUCGUACAUAUAUGGCCUUUUGACUGAUAAGUAAAACAAGUUUUGUUGCGUAAGGUCUACAAGAUACAUUACUGCAUGAACGGAUAGAAUACUGAUAUAUAGGCUAUAUAGUAACUAAUGUUUUGCGAAGACAACUAUUUAAACAAUUAAUCAAUACGUGCAUCUGAAAGAUUCUAAGUUUCGGUUGAAUUAUUUCCAAGAUAUCAGAUGUUCUUGUUUUGGUAAUCAUCUGAACAAGUUUUUGAAUAGCCUGCAUAAAUAUCUGAAUGUUUGCUUGGUGAUGAAAUGUGUGAAGGUAUCACAAGUUCUAAAAUUAUUUUUUUAUAAGUUUCACUACUGAUGUCAAUCAUGGGUUUAGAGCGUGGAAACGACUAUACAGUCGCAAUUAAUAGUCAAAUAGAUUAAUAAAAUUUCAGAUUUUCACAUGGUACUUGUUCCACAAAAUGUAUUUUCCUACCUUGUUAAUUUGUCGGGCAGUUAUAUUUUUUAUCACUAAAUAUAAUUUCAAAGAUUUAAGCGGUUGUACUGGGCAAUGUACAUGUUCCAAUACAACAAAACGGAUUUAUUUCUAGUAAUAUGCGGUUUGAAUAAAGUUUAUCAGUGCUCGCCGUCAAUUGAGUGUCUUGCCAAUUGUCGUCAAUUUUCGGUAAAAAAAUAAAUAAAAAUUAAAAUAAACGAUUGGCUCCCUUCUUAAAUACGAAGCUACUAGCCUCAUAAAUUCAUUGUUGUCACUCUCAAUAUGUACAGGAUUCCAAUGUCCAAUAGCAAAUCAUAGCAUUUUUAGGCAGACGAAAUGCUUUCAGACGAAAACAUAACUUAUACCAACCAAGCUACAUUCUGUUAUUAGACUAAGAAAGAAGAAAAAAUGAAAAAGAACGUUUCAGAAUUGGCAUCAAAACAAAAAGCUCUUGAAAAAAUGUUAAACAUGCAUGGAGAAGACCAUUUUGACACUGCUCUUAGUUAUUUCAACAUUGGAAACACACAAUAUGAGAUGAAAGAUUACAAGUCAGCGUUAGAGUCACACCAACAUGCUCUUCAAAUCAGAUUAAAACUCUUUGGUGAAGACCAUUCAGACACUGCUCUAAGUUAUUGGAGUCUUGGAAGGAUGCAACAUGAGAUGAAAGAUUACAAGUCAGCGUUGGAAUCAAGUCAACAUGCUCUUCAAAUCAGAUUAAAACUGUUUGGCGAAGACCAUUCUGACACUGCUAGAAGUUAUCACAGCAUUGGAGUUGCACAAUAUGAGAUGAAAGAUUACAAGUCAGCGUUGGAAUCUGAUCAAUAUGCACUUCGAAUCAGAUUAAACCUGUUUGGAAAAAAUCAUUCUGACAUGCACUGCUGCAAGUUAUCACAGCAUUGCAGUAACACAAUAUGGAAUGAAAGAUUACAAGUCAGCGUUGGAAUCUAA